AUGCCUCGUAAAUGGAAGAGAACUAGUAAAAGAUGUCAAUGGAUGGAAGAAAACAUGAAAAAAGCAAUUGAAAUGGUACAAAGCGGAGGUAAACUCCUGACUGCAGCACGUACAUAUUCGGUUCCAAGAGCUACACUUCGCCGGCAUGUUUAUCAAACACUGAAGAAGGCCCCGGGAUCACGGAGUCUAGGUUGUUCUCCUACCUUGGGCCAGAAUGAAAAGGAUCUUUUGCAACAUAUACUCGAAUUUGAAAAGAGAGGCUUCCCAUUAACAGUUAAAGACAUUCGAAAGUUGGCUUAUGAAUUUGCAAUGGAGAACAAAAUUCCUAAUAAAUUUUCAGAAUCUUCUAAAAUGGCUGGAAAAGACUGGUGGAGUGGCUUUCGGGAACGAUACGGAAACUUGAUAACUAUACGAAAGCCGCAGCCCCUGUCAAUUCAAAGAGCAAUUCAUUUAAACAAGCCCACAGUCAAUAAAUACUUUGACCUACUGGAGGCAGUAAUGAAGGAAAAUUCACUUUUCAAUUCGCCAGCACGAAUUUACAAUAUGGACGAAACUGGAUUAAGCCUUGUACCAGGUGUGUCGGUUCAAAAGGAGCUCGAUAUUCAAGCCAAGUGA